AUGGCAUCUUCUAGUUUUCUUGCAGUAUCUUCUCUUUUAGCUUUCGUCCUUUCACUUCUCUUCUUCAAUGGGGUCGUGCCCAUGCAUGCAGCUUCCUCAGACGACGUCGCUUCCUCCAUCUGCAAGAAAACUAAAAACCCUUCUAUUUGCUUUAACGUGUUGAAAUCUGCUGGCACCACAGACCUAAAAGGGCUGGCCACCUUCACCCUCAACCUCGCCCACGAAAAGACUACUGGAAACCGUGCCCUUGCCCAGUCCCUGGCGUCCAAGGUUGCGGAUCCCGACCUUAAGGAGCACUACGACACUUGUGUCGAACGCUAUAACGAUGCCGUCAAGGACAUCGAGGGUGCGAAGGGCUACUUGGGGAAAGGUGACUAUAAAGGGCUCAACACUUAUACUUUUGGAGCCAUGACGGAGGUCGAUGCCUGUCUGUUCAGCCUUUCGAAGCUGCCAAAGGACCCAUCGACGCUCCCGGGCAAUGGGAAGGCCGUUGAAGAUAUUUAUAGUAUCAUCUUGGUUAUAGCCAAUCUUCUUCUUGAGCAUGCCUAA